GUCAGCGAAGUAUACAGUUGUCAGUUUGAUGAAGUUCAAGUUAAAUUUGGCGACUUGCUUCACAACAUUGUCUUAAUUGUAACUGAUAAGAUCUCUUCAGUUGACGAUGACAUUAAGCAAUACGUUCAAAGAUGUUGUCCUGGUCUAAGUGAUGAGCUAGCUACUGUCACAUCAGUGGCAGGUAUAAUGAGUGCAGUUGAAAAAAGGUGCAAUGUUAUCAAUAUUGCACCUCUAAAAAGGAUUGUAAAACGCUACAAUAUUACUGAAGCGGAAGAGCUAAUUGAUGAAUACCAAAAAGCAGUUGAAGUGUUUUGUUCUGAAAUAAGACUGGAUACGAUGAUAGAUAAAAAGAUUUCACUAGUUGCCAACUCUGAUGACUGUGAAAUGUUGGAGUUUAUUUUGGAAUGGGAGCCUGACAAGUAUUCGUUGGAUGACAUUCGCUUGCUUUUGAAGAAAGCAUUUUAUGAUAACUUGAAGAAGAGGAUUAUAGUCAGUAGUAUUCAUGAAGGACAUUCUGUCAAAAUAAUUUGUUAUGUUCCACGUCAUUUACUGGACGCUUUACUCUUGGAAGCACAGAAUAAUCUGAACUCCUUGACAAAAGGAUUCUCCUUGAAGCAAAUGACAAUUGGUCAAUUUGUAGUAAUGAGUUUAAAGACACGAGAAUUGGAAUUAAGUAACCUUACAGAAGAUGUAAAACUAUUAUGUGAGGAAGCUCAAAGUUUAAGCUCAAUUGAGAAAGACAAAAAAAGCAAGUGUAAUUUUACUUUUACACUAUAAUGAUGUUAUGAUAGGAAUAUUGUUACAACAUGAAUAUGGCCUUGAACACUUGCACAAGUUAAAAGAUUCAGAGUUGAAAAUGACGCUAGUUUCUAGACUUGAGUUGACAAAAACAAUAUUAAAAACAAAAAGCUUUGACAUAGAACAUUUUCAAACAUCUCUUGCAAUGAAACAAGAAAGAAGAAAGGAAACUUUAAUGGCAAAAAGGGAAGCUGAAUUUUUGCAAUGGAAAAUACCGCUCAUGAAAAAAAUAGCUAAAGAGAAAGUUGUCUACAUUGCCCAAUUGGAUUAUCCGGGUUACGGAACAUAUUCUAUUUCAUUUUUUAAAAAUGAGCGAAUAGAAAUAAUUGAGACUGAUGACUCAAUUUGGUGGAAAGGAAAAUCAAUGGAUUCAGGUUGUGAGGGAUUUGUUCCUAGUAGCUAUGUUCGGUCAAAUUUGGAAUCAAUUGAACUAUUUCAAUAUGCAAUGGAGGAUCAGCAUGUACCCGUUCCUUGCAUAAAAGAGCUAAAGAGCCAGUUACUUACAGAAGAUGAAAAGGCUUCUCUUUUUUUACAGUCCAUAGAUGAAGAUCCUAUGCUAUUACAUGCAUUAAGAGAAGCAAAGAAAUUGAAAAAAGAAAAAAUCACUGGUAAAAUCAACUGGAGCAGUGACAGUUUAUCACUUUACAAUUUAUCUGCAUCUCAGUGCAAGGAAGCUAUAGUUAUGCUAAGCAGUGGCAAAUAUCACACAAUCGCUCUUAGUCGCUUAUCUCCUGAAAGUGUUCUGAGUCUUUUACCACACAUACUUCAAGAGAACAAAUCAGUUUCAUUGUACAUUUGGAAUACACCACUAACUCAUGAUUGUGUCUUGUGUCUGUGUGACCUAAUGGUUGCAAAUACAUCACUACGAGAGCUAAUCAUUAGAUAUUCUUCAGUUAGUGACAAAGGGAUGGCUUGCAUUUGCAAAUCCCUUCAUCACAAUUCUGCCCUCACCGAUUUCUUUGUAAUAUCUAAUCCUCAUGUCACUUCUAUUAGUGGGCAGGCUUUCUCUGAGCUAUUGCUCAAUAAUUCAAAGUUAACUCAUUUGAAAGUAAAAUGGAACAUGCUACCUCCUAAAUCAUUGAAGCUCAUCCUCCAAUCUCUAAGAGUGAACAAGAGUUUACAAAAAUUCACAAUAGACGAAAGAAGCUAUGAAGCUCUUGUCACUAAUCACACACGCAAAAUGGACAAAAGAUUAACGUGUGAUUAGUAUUAU